AUGUCUUCUUGGGCCUCAUGGCUACUCGGCCGCGGAGCCAGCUCGGGCAAUCAGCGCGACAAGGCCCGCGAGACGAUAGUCGAACUCCGCCAGCAUCUGAUUAUGCUGGAGAAGAAGGAGGACCAUCUCAAUAAGAAAAUUGAAGAUGAGCUCCGGAAAGCUAAGGCCAACGCAUCUACUAAUAAACGCGCAGCCACCGCUGCCCUCCGACAGAAGAAACUGUACGAACAGGAACUUGACCGACUAGCCGGUCGUCGGAUGACUUUGGAGACUCAGGUCAAUGCGAUAGAAUCGGCAAACAUGAACCUGGAGACCAUGCAAGCCAUGCGUCGUGGGGCCGAUGUAUUGAAGGGCAUCCACGGUAACCUUAAUAUCGACAAGGUGGAUGCGACAAUGGACUCGAUUCGAGAACAGAUGGACUUGACCAAUGAGAUCUCCGAUGCGAUUUCAAACCCGGUCGGCAUGGGCCAAGAAUUGGAUGAGGACGAAAUCAAGGCAGAGUUAGAAGAGCUUGAGCAGGACGAGUUGAAGAGCCGACUGGUAGGAGCAGACAGUGUACCAUUGCACUCACCCGGCCAGACCGAGCGACCUGUCGCCGCACGGUCGGUCGCUCAGCGACAGCAAGAAGAAGACGAAGAUGCCGAGCUCAAGGAGCUACAAGCUGCCUUGGCCAUGUGA